ACUGGUUCCACCUUGUGGGGUUGCUGCAUGAUCUGGGAAAGAUCCUUGUUAUGGCUGGGGAACCUCAGUGGUCAGUUGUCGGAGACACCUUCCCUGUUGGCUGCCGCCCCCAAAAAUCUGUUGUCUUUUGGGAUUCAACUUUUCAGGACAAUCCUGACACCAAGGACCCUCGAUACUGCACUGAGUAUGGGAUGUAUGAGCCCCACUGUGGCCUGGAGAAUGUACUGAUGUCCUGGGGCCAUGAUGAGUACAUGUAUCGAAUGAUGAAGUUCAACAAAUUCUCUCUGCCUCCGGAGGCCUUCUACAUAAUCCGUUUCCACUCCUUCUACCCAUGGCACACCGGCGGUGACUACCGCCACCUCUGCAGCCCCUAUGACCUCAGCAUGCUGCCCUGGGUGCAAGAGUUCAAUAAGUUUGAUCUCUACACCAAGUCAGAGGACCUGCCAGAUGUGACCAAGCUGCGGCCGUACUACCAGGGCCUCAUUGACAAAUACUGCCCCGGGAUCCUCUGCUGGUAAUGGCCUCUGCUUGUGUCUGGGCUUGCUCCUUGGCCCUCCUACAGCCUCACCAGGGGCAACCAGCUCCCUCCCUUGUACACAGGCCCCUUUCUACCCUUUCCUCUGGGGGUGGGGGUGGGAAUUAUCAGCCCAGAGACCGCCACUGGCCAUCCCCUCCGCUGACCUCUCCACCUCAGUAGCAGCAGCAUCCACAUCUCCAUUAUCUUCAUACCCCAUUGCAAACUCCAUCCCCAUCACAUUGUCAUUGCCAGUCAGCAGGUGCCCAUCAAUUUCCUGCUGUCCAUUUUCACUGUCAUUUCCAUCCAGCUGAACCACAUGCUCCCCUCCGACCAUACCUGUAGAUUCUUAACACUCCUGCCAAGAAAUAAAGAACGCAUAGAACCCUA